AUGGUUAAAAGUAAUCAGAUAUAUGAAAAUUUACAAUCAGUUAAAGAAUUAAGAAAAUUAUUGAUGGAAUACAACAAAAAGUUUUCAACUCCAAUCCUUAGAGGAAUUGCAAACAUUGAUGAAUUAAUACAACAUUUACAACUUAAUGCUGUACAUUAUCAUAAAUGUCUUGAAUGGAUACCUUUUGAGGAAUUUCAAAAUGUCACUUAUAUUACUGGAAAGCAAAAUAAAAAGUGUCAACACACAACCAACUUCUUAGAUAAAAAAGACAUAGGAGACAAACACCCUUAA